UCAUAUUCAGGAAAAUGCUAUGUUAGUCCAGUGAAGAAUCUCAAUUUAUUGGGAAUCGAUUGGAUCACGAUGUUUGGAUUGUGGGACAUUCCACUGAAUUCUAUUUGUAAUGUGAUGUCUGUGUCAAGAAAAGAUAUGUUACCCUAAAUUCCGAAUAGUAAUCCACAAAAUGUUCAAGAAUUACAGGAGAAAUUUCCUGAUAUAUUUGAUGAUAGACUUGGUCUUUGCAAAAAAAUGAAGGUGGAAUUGCAUGUGUCGCGAGAAACUAAACCAGUUUUUCGUCCAAAACGACCAGUGGCUUACGCUGCACAGGCACAAAUUGAAGAUGAACUGAAUCGACUUCAAGAUCUUGGCAUAAUUUCUCCAGUUGAUUAUUCUGAAUGGGCUGCACCUAUUGUAGUAAAGAAAAAGGCAAAUGGGAGUUUACGUAUCUGUGGAGAUUAUUCGACAGGGUUGAAUGAUGCUCUUCAACCUCAUCAAUUCCCUCUUCCCACCUUGGAUGAUAUUUUUUCGAAAUUAGCCAAUUCAAAAGUAUUCAGCGUUAUUGACUUGUCUGAUGCAUUUUUACAAGUUGAGGCCCAGGAGAAUUCAAGAAAGUACCUCACAAUUAAUACUCAUAAAGGCCUAUUUUCUUACAAUAGGCUUCCAUUUGGAAUCAAAGUAGCUCCAACAUUGUUUCAGCAAAUUAUCGAAACGAUGAUAUCAGGAUUGGAAGGAACAGCAGCAUAUAUUGAUGACAUCAUCAUUUCUGGAAAGAAUAUAGAAGACCAUCAACGGAAUUUGCUGAACGUUUUACAGAGAAUUCGUGAAUUCGGGUUUCAUCUCAAGAUUCAAAAAUUUAAGUUUAAUCUACCCGAAAUCAAAUAUUUGGGAAAUAUUAUCAAUCAACACGGAAUAAAGCCCGAUCCUUCAAGGAUUGAAGCAGUUAUCCAUAUGCCCCCACCUCACGAUAUAUCUACACUACGUUCUUAUCUAGGAGCAAUUAAUUAUUACGGAAAAUUUGUUAGGAAUAUGCACGAACUUCGGAAACCGUUCGACCAAUUGUUGAAGAAAAAUGUAAAAUGGGAAUGGAGUAUUGAUUGUCAGCAAUCUUUCGACAAAUUUAAGGAAAUUUUACAAUCGAAUCUCCUAUUGACUCACUAUAACCCAUUGUAG